AUGGCCAGUCCGCCCCUGGACUCCAGCCUGUCAGAGGCACAGCAGCGACGUAUGCUUCUUGAUAGCCUUCAUACCCCUGCUUUAAAUGUGGCUUUCUCUAUUGGAGCCCAAGCCCCACCAAGUGACUAUCUCCAUGAACUAGACAAGGCUUAUGGUAACGUUACAGGAGGUGAGGAGCUGUAUAUUCAGUUCUUAGAGACCCAUCAGGACAGUGGGGAGAAAGCAUCCGACUACCUGCGUCGACUCCAAACUCUGCUACAGGAAGUAGUUGAAAAUAAAGGUACUAAUGUCCUGCGUCCAAUGAUCCAAGACUGCGUUAAGCAAGGCGGAACUAAGUUCCCAGAAACCCUGCCUAUCCAGGCCAGCUGGCUAAUGGCUUAUGCAGAGUGUGACAACCGGACUGACUCCCAAACAAAAGACGCCAAAGUUCUGCGUGUAAGGCUCAGCAGCAAAGUACCCAUACGCUUGAAGCGUGGCGAGCUUUGUACUUUAAAGGGCAUCUGUCACAAUAAACCUGGUGAAGGUGAGUUCCAAGCUCUUGUGGGUGGUACGGAGGAAAUACCCACGCCAGGAGGCCUGAUCGUCUAUGACCAGAUAGUGGAUGUAAAGCCUCAAUCCCACAAUAAAUUUAAGCUUGCUGUCAAAAAUAUUUCUCAGCGUGACAUCACCUUAUACCCAAAAACAGUCAUUGCUGAGUGCUCUCCCAUUGACUGGGCAGUGCCCGUUUCACACUCUGACCAGAACAAACAGUCAGAUGUUGCCCUUCCACAGACACAUGCUCUGUCGGUGUCACAAAAUGAAAAGAUCAAUUCAGCAGCUGAAAUCUUCUAUCCUGAUUUCAGCGACAGCCCCAUAGCACCAGAACUAAGGGAGCACAUACAGGCUAGAAUAAACAAAGAAGUGCCAGAUGCGUUUUCUAGACAUGAUCUAGAUGUUGGUAACAUUGCAGGAGUCACUCAUCGCAUAGAGCUUGACCCUCAUGUACCAUUCAAAGAGCGAACUCGACGUGUCUCACCUGCCGACUUCAAUGACUUAAAAAGGCAUCUCCAAGACCUUUUGGCCAUAGGCAUCAUAGAGGAAUCACAUAGCCCCUACGCCUCUCAAUUGUUCUUUCCGGAAAAGAACGGAGAUCUGCGAAUGGUGGUGGAUUACCGCAGACUGAACAACUUGACUAAAAAAGAUGCCUACCCAUUACCCCGUAUAGAGGAGACAUUCUCCCUGCUGUCAGGCUCAAAAUGGUUCACUGUACUUGAUCUAAAGAGUGGGUACUAUCAGGUGGAGGUUGAACCCUCUGAUCGGCCAAAGACAGCAUUCACAACACCCUUUGGAACAUGGCAAUUUCGGAGAAUGCCCCAAGGCCUGACCAACUCUCCAGCAACCUUCCAGCGAACCAUGGAGAAGGUGAUGCAAGGUAUCAACCUCCAAGAGGUUGUUGCUUUCCUCGACGAUCUCAUAAUAUUCUCUAGCUCUUUGGAGGAACAUGAGGAGAGAUUAAUGAAGGUUCUCAAACGCGUCUCUGAUUUUGGCCUCAAACUGUCCCCUUCCAAAUGCAAAUUCUUCCAGACCUCUGUGAAAUACCUAGGGCAUGUGAUAUCUGCUGAGGGAAUCCAACCCGAUCCUGACAAAGUUGCUGCUGUAAAAGAAUGGCCCCGGCCUCAAACAGCCAAAGAGCUUCGGUCAUUUUUAGGUUUCACAGGGUAUUACCGAAGAUUUGUGAGAGAGUAUGCCAGGGUUGUUAGGCCACUAAAUGAUUUGUUGAAAGGAGAUCUAGCGCCCAGGCACAAAGGCCCUAACUCCUGGCCAAGAAAACAGUCACAUCCACUUGGUGCAUUAUGGACCGCUGAUUGCCAAGCAGCAUUUGAGCUCAUUAUUGAGAAAUUAACAUCUGCCCCUGUGCUUGCGUUUUCCAACUGGCAGCUCCCAUAUGUGCUCCACACUGACGCCAGUAUGACCGGUUUAGGUGCAGCCCUGUAUCAGGUCCAAGAUGGCCAAACCCGAGUGGUAGCAUACGCCAGUCGUGGUCUCUCUAAAAGUGAGAAAAACUACCCCGUGCAUAAGUUAGAAUUUCUCGCCCUUAAAUGGGCGGUCAGUGAAAAGUUUCAUGACUAUUUGUACGGGGCUAACUUCAAAGUGCUAACGGAUAAUAAUCCUCUGACAUACGUGUUGACAAGUGCAAAGUUAGAUGCCGCGAGCCACAGAUGGCUUGCUUCUCUAUCAUUGUUCAACUUUGACAUCCAUUACAAAUCUGGUGUGCUGAAUAUCGAUGCUGAUGGGCUCUCGAGGAGGCCUCAUGAACCAUCCGAAGACGAUGAUGAGUCUCGAGAGAUGGACCAGAGAAUCUCCGGUAUGCUAGAUCGCGCUAGCCUCUCACUUGAGGAGUUCCAGGUUUUGGAUGGGGAGACAGUGAGCACUCUUUGUAUGCGCCACGGUGUCAAUGUUCAUGCAGUUUCACAAGACAAUCAGGAUCCGGAUAGUGUCAUACCUGCAGUGGAAACUCUCUUGUGUCAUGAAAGUGCGGUCCCUGAUGAUCUGGAAGAUCCAGUCCCUGGGCCAGGACAAUCAGCUCUGCCAGAAAUGUCUAUGGAGGACUGGCAUCAGUUGCAGAGGGAAGACGCAGCAUUGGCACAAGUUAUUUGUAUACUGGAAGAGCAGCCUGACACUGAGGUAUUUGAUAAAACGUCUGUGGAGCCAGAGGUUGCUCAACUCUUACGUGAGAGAUCAAAACUACUCUUGAAGGAUGGAGUGUUAUGCCGCAAGGUUCUCAACCAAAGAGGUGAAGCGUUUCAUCAACUUGUCAUACCCAGUAGUCACAGAGAACGAGCCUUCCAAGGUAUUCAUGAUGAGACAGGCCACAUGGGUAUCGAAAGAACUUUGGAACUAGCUAGAGCAAGGUUCUACUGGCCGAAGAUGGCGAAAUACAUUGAGACAAAGUGCAAAAGCUGUGAAAGAUGUGUCAGACGAAAAUCUAAGGUGCAAAAGGCAUCCAAACUAGUUAACAUCAAAGUCAGUGGUCCCCUUGAGUUAGUCUGUAUGGAUUUUCUGACAAUUGAACCUGACUCAAGAGACACUAGAAACAUACUGGUCAUAACUGAUCACUUUACAAAAUAUGCACAGGCAUAUACGACUAGAGACCAGACAGCCAAGACUGUUGCCACAGUGUUAUGGGAAAACUUCAUUUGUCACUAUGGUUUUCCACGCAGGCUGCAUAGUGAUCAAGGAGCCUGUUUUGAGUCAGAAGUUGUAGCAGAACUUUGUAAGCAUGCUGGAAUCGCCAAGUCUCGCACAACACCCUACCACCCGAGAGGGAAUCCGGUAGAACGAUUCAACAGGACUCUGCUCGACCUCUUGGGAACGCUGGAGGACAAAAAGAAGGAGGAAUGGAGGAAAUAUGUCAAGCCCCUUGUACAUGCAUAUAAUUGUACACGGAACGAUGUGACUGGCGAAGCCCCUUUUCUACUCAUGUUUGGCAGAGAGCCGCGUCUCCCCAUUGACCUCUGUUUUGGCAUCAGCCCUCAGGGUCACAACCCCAAAACGCACACACAAUAUGUGCGAGACCUAAAGAAAAGACUCAGACACGCAUAUGAGCUAGCGUCAAGAAAUGCUGAAAAACGGCAGUUGUUGAACAAAAGGCGCUGGGAUGCUAAGGUGACCGCCUUGCCUUUAGAGGUAGGGGAUCGAGUCCUUGUGAGGAAUCUGAGUCUCAGAAAGAAGCACAAAAUCUCUGACAAAUGGGAAUCCACUGUUUACGUUGUUGCCAAACAGCCGGAUGAGAGUAUCCCUGUGUAUGUUGUCAGGCCCGAUAAUGGUGAGGGCAGAGAGCGGGUUUUGCAUCGAGAUAUGCUUCUUCCCUGUGGGUUCUUACCUGCAACCUUAGAAGCGGAUCCUGUGAGUACUGUUGUGCAGGCAAUCCCGACUCAAGUUCCUGAGGUGACUGAUGAGGGAGAUAUUGAGGAUGAUCUGUCUUCAAUGGAAGUGGAUCAAGACUUGGAAACUCAGAACACGAGCCUUGAAACCCCUGAACAGAGUACCUCUCAGUCUCAAAAUCCCCUAAAUGCCAGCUGGCUAAUGGCUUAUGCAGAGUGUGACAACCGGACUGACUCCCAAACAAAAGACGCCAAAGUUCUGCGUGUAAGGCUCAGCAGCAAAGUACCCAUACGCUUGAAGCGUGGCGAGCUUUGUACUUUAAAGGGCAUCUGUCACAAUAAACCUGGUGAAGGUGAGUUCCAAGCUCUUGUGGGUGGUACGGAGGAAAUACCCACGCCAGGAGGCCUGAUCGUCUAUGACCAGAUAGUGGAUUGCCCGUUUCACACUCUGACCAGAACAAACAGUCAGAUGUUGCCCUUCCACAGACACAUGCUCUGUCGGUGUCAAAAUGAAAAGAUCAAUUCAGCAGCUGAAAUCUUCUAUCCUGAUUUCAGCGACAGCCCCAUAGCACCAGAACUAAGGGAGCACAUACAGGCUAGAAUAAACAAAGAAGUGCCAGAUGCGUUUUCUAGACAUGAUCUAGAUGUUGGUAACAUUGCAGGAGUCACUCAUCGCAUAGAGCUUGACCCUCAUGUACCAUUCAAAGAGCGAACUCGACGUGUCUCACCUGCCGACUUCAAUGACUUAAAAAGGCAUCUCCAAGACCUUUUGGCCAUAGGCAUCAUAGAGGAAUCACAUAGCCCCUACGCCUCUCCAAUUGUUCUUGUCCGGAAAAAGAACGGAGAUCUGCGAAUGGUGGUGGAUUACCGCAGACUGAACAACUUGACUAAAAAAGAUGCCUACCCAUUACCCCGUAUAGAGGAGACAUUCUCCCUGCUGUCAGGCUCAAAAUGGUUCACUGUACUUGAUCUAAAGAGUGGGUACUAUCAGAUGGAGGUUGAACCCUCUGAUCGGCCAAAGACAGCAUUCACAACACCCUUUGGAACAUGGCAAUUUCGGAGAAUGCCCCAAGGCCUGACCAACUCUCCAGCAACCUUCCAGCGAACCAUGGAGAAGGUGAUGCAAGGUAUCAACCUCCAAGAGGUUGUUGCUUUCCUCGACGAUCUCAUAAUAUUCUCUAGCUCUUUGGAGGAACAUGAGGAGAGAUUAAUGAAGGUUCUCAAACGCGUCUCUGAUUUUGGCCUCAAACUGUCCCCUUCCAAAUGCAAAUUCUUCCAGACCUCUGUGAAAUACCUAGGGCAUGUGAUAUCUGCUGAGGGAAUCCAACCCGAUCCUGACAAAGUUGCUGCUGUAAAAGAAUGGCCCCGGCCUCAAACAGCCAAAGAGCUUCGGUCAUUUUUAGGUUUCACAGGGUAUUACCGAAGAUUUGUGAGAGAGUAUGCCAGGGUUGUUAGGCCACUAAAUGAUUUGUUGAAAGGAGAUCUAGCGCCCAGGCACAAAGGCCCUAACUCCUGGCCAAGAAAACAGUCACAUCCACUUGGUGCAUUAUGGACCGCUGAUUGCCAAGCAGCAUUUGAGCUCAUUAUUGAGAAAUUAACAUCUGUCCCUGUGCUUGCGUUUUCCAACUGGCAGCUCCCAUAUGUGCUCCACACUGACGCCAGUAUGACCGGUUUAGGUGCAGCCCUGUAUCAGGUCCAAGAUGGCCAAACCCGAGUGGUAGCAUACGCCAGUCGUGGUCUCUCUAAAAGUGAGAAAAACUACCCCGUGCAUAAGUUAGAAUUUCUCGCCCUUAAAUGGGCGGUCAGUGAAAAGUUUCAUGACUAUUUGUACGGGGCUAACUUCAAAGUGCUAACGGAUAAUAAUCCUCUGACAUACGUGUUGACAAGUGCAAAGUUAGAUGCCGCGAGCCACAGAUGGCUUGCUUCUCUAUCAUUGUUCAACUUUGACAUCCAUUACAAAUCUGGUGUGCUGAAUAUCGAUGCUGAUGGGCUCUCGAGGAGGCCUCAUGAACCAUCCGAAGACGAUGAUGAGUCUCGAGAGAUGGACCAGAGAAUCUCCGGUAUGCUAGAUCGCGCUAGCCUCUCACUUGAGGAGUUCCAGGUUUUGGAUGGGGAGACAGUGAGCACUCUUUGUAUGCGCCACGGUGUCAAUGUUCAUGCAGUUUCACAAGACAAUCAGGAUCCGGAUAGUGUCAUACCUGCAGUGGAAACUCUCUUGUGUCAUGAAAGUGCGGUCCCUGAUGAUCUGGAAGAUCCAGUCCCUGGGCCAGGACAAUCAGCUCUGCCAGAAAUGUCUAUGGAGGACUGGCAUCAGUUGCAGAGGGAAGACGCAGCAUUGGCACAAGUUAUUUGUAUACUGGAAGAGCAGCCUGACACUGAGGUAUUUGAUAAAACGUCUGUGGAGCCAGAGGUUGCUCAACUCUUACGUGAGAGAUCAAAACUACUCUUGAAGGAUGGAGUGUUAUGCCGCAAGGUUCUCAACCAAAGAGGUGAAGCGUUUCAUCAACUUGUCAUACCCAGUAGUCACAGAGAACGAGCCUUCCAAGGUAUUCAUGAUGAGACAGGCCACAUGGGUAUCGAAAGAACUUUGGAACUAGCUAGAGCAAGGUUCUACUGGCCGAAGAUGGCGAAAUACAUUGAGACAAAGUGCAAAAGCUGUGAAAGAUGUGUCAGACGAAAAUCUAAGGUGCAAAAGGCAUCCAAACUAGUUAACAUCAAAGUCAGUGGUCCCCUUGAGUUAGUCUGUAUGGAUUUUCUGACAAUUGAACCUGACUCAAGAGACACUAGAAACAUACUGGUCAUAACUGAUCACUUUACAAAAUAUGCACAGGCAUAUACGACUAGAGACCAGACAGCCAAGACUGUUGCCACAGUGUUAUGGGAAAACUUCAUUUGUCACUAUGGUUUUCCACGCAGGCUGCAUAGUGAUCAAGGAGCCUGUUUUGAGUCAGAAGUUGUAGCAGAACUUUGUAAGCAUGCUGGAAUCGCCAAGUCUCGCACAACACCCUACCACCCGAGAGGGAAUCCGGUAGAACGAUUCAACAGGACUCUGCUCGACCUCUUGGGAACGCUGGAGGACAAAAAGAAGGAGGAAUGGAGGAAAUAUGUCAAGCCCCUUGUACAUGCAUAUAAUUGUACACGGAACGAUGUGACUGGCGAAGCCCCUUUUCUACUCAUGUUUGGCAGAGAGCCGCGUCUCCCCAUUGACCUCUGUUUUGGCAUCAGCCCUCAGGGUCACAACCCCAAAACGCACACACAAUAUGUGCGAGACCUAAAGAAAAGACUCAGACACGCAUAUGAGCUAGCGUCAAGAAAUGCUGAAAAACGGCAGUUGUUGAACAAAAGGCGCUGGGAUGCUAAGGUGACCGCCUUGCCUUUAGAGGUAGGGGAUCGAGUCCUUGUGAGGAAUCUGAGUCUCAGAAAGAAGCACAAAAUCUCUGACAAAUGGGAAUCCACUGUUUACGUUGUUGCCAAACAGCCGGAUGAGAGUAUCCCUGUGUAUGUUGUCAGGCCCGAUAAUGGUGAGGGCAGAGAGCGGGUUUUGCAUCGAGAUAUGCUUCUUCCCUGUGGGUUCUUACCUGCAACCUUAGAAGCGGAUCCUGUGAGUACUGUUGUGCAGGCAAUCCCGACUCAAGUUCCUGAGGUGACUGAUGAGGGAGAUAUUGAGGAUGAUCUGUCUUCAAUGGAAGUGGAUCAAGACUUGGAAACUCAGAACACGAGCCUUGAAACCCCUGAACAGAGUACCUCUCAGUCUCAAAAUCCCCUAAAUCCUGAUGCCCCUGAAUUCAUGUCAGAUCAGCAUGAUUUGUCAGACACUGAGACUGUAAUUAGUCCAGGCCCGUCCCAGGCUAGGCCUCAGAGAACAAGGGUACCACCAGCUUAUCUUAGUGACUACCAAGUUGGUCGCAAAGCCCAUUGUAAACAUCACACCUUAAGUCCCCCUACACAGCAGACACUGUUUUAUGGUUUCUUAUUGUCCUUGCAGCAGCAAAUUGCAGGGUUAGUUCAGUCUCUAGCCGUAGGUAGUGACGGGGACGUCACAUUUUAAGUGGGGGAGGAUGUAACCCAGAUAUAUUUUCAGUCAGCUAAUGCUUUUCUGUAUUAUCACUGUUUUUGGUGUGUGUCUCUUUAAGGGUUACGACCACUUUAUGUUGCGGCAGCUUUACGACUGCUGUUUUACGGUGUGUGUUAUUGUUACCUUGGAGAUGAAGUUUCGCGGGUAGAUUUUUUUUUCAAUGCCUGCAAGCAACGUGUGGUCAAGCUGUGAUUCUCCUGCUGUUUAAUUUUGGAGUUUAACUUGUUAAAAGUAUUUUUAAGUGAAAUAUUUACCGUACAAAGUACUCGGUUUUCUUUGGAUAAUAUCCGGAAGUCCGUCGGCAACGUUUAUCCACAAGAAGACCGUUUGCAAGGAACUCCGCCGAGUGAAUGAACAUUGACGAGACGCUGCCGCUGUUUCCUGAGUGCUUUCCUGUGGCUCGUGAGCUCGUGAGGAGCCGUCGUCAUCUUCUGAAUAUCCCGAGGAUUGCAGGCAAAACUACUAAACCACCACACACAUAUAGAGCUCUAUAAUAUUAUUGCUGGCCAGCACUUUACUUUAUUUUGUUAUUUUUUUUGUUGCUAAAGACAAUAUAAGGACACUUCAAGAUUUGUUCUAUGUUCUAUAAGAAGACCGUUCGGUAUCCGUUUUGUUUUCAUGGACUGAGAAAGAGACAUUUAAUUAAAGAGGACGAGUAACAUUCCUUCAGGUAUUUUUGUACUGAAUAACAGGGUGUUGUUCAGACAUUUAAGUAUUUGGUUAACUGCCUAAAAAGGGGAAAUAUAUAUUUUUCUAUUUUUUUCUUAUUCUAAUUGAGGUUUACCAAAAAAAUAUAAUCACAUUUCCAUGUGAUUUAAGGUUUACUGUUUUAUGUUGUUCCUGACCUACAUUGUGAUCAAGUAAGAUGCAUUUCAGUUCAGCAAAUGUUAAAUAAAACUGGAUCGAUAGUAAACUGCUAUCA